AUGAUUAGGCUUAGCGCAUACGUGGGCCGGAACCAGACAUGGCACCAAGACUGCACGAGCACGCCCUGGAGUAACAAGACAUGGAGCAUCCAGAGGCUCGUCCCACAGGUCGACUGUGACGCUUUCCACGGCACGAGGUCAGAGGUCGACUGUUGUGAGUUUUUAUUCAAGGGAAUAUACUACACAUUAAACGACAAAGCCAUUGGAGCAAUCAUGCUGGUUAUCUCCCUUACAAUUCUCUCCCUGUGUCUAGUCGCCAUUGUCAAACUACUGCACUCCCUUCUCCAAGGCCCCAUCGCUCUCAUCAUCAAAAAAUUCAUCUACGCGGACUUUCCCGGACCGCUGGGCUACCUCACCGGAUACCUCGCCAUCAUCAUCGGCGCCGGGUUGAACAUCAUCGUCCAGAGCUCCUCCAUCUUCACCUCCACCCUCACCCCGCUCGUCGGCAUCGGGGUCAUCGAACUCGACCGGAUGUACCCUUUGACCCUGGGGUCAAACAUCGGCACCACGACCACGGCGAUUCUCUCAGCCUUAGCCAACACGGACGGCCUCAGAAACGCGUUACAAGCAGCCUUCUGCCACCUCUUCUUCAACAUCACCGGCAUCCUCCUGUUCUACCCCAUCCCCUACCUCCGUUUCCCCAUCCCGCUUGCCAAAUUUCUAGGCAACUGCACGGCCGAUUACCGCUGGUUCGCCAUCGUCUACAUGUUACUUUUAUGUUAG